UUUAAAUUAUUCACUGUUUUUCACUAUCGUGCUAUUAGUCACGCGUGAUCAGCGAUCGGAUGAGCAUUACCUCAAAGGUUGUGUCCCAUCAGUGAUAAAUUAAGAAGGUAAUAGGGCCAUGUUGUUCAACGUGGCACCGCUUCUAGAUGGACGAAACCAGGCUGGAAUAAUCUUAGCCGUUUUCCUGGGCUAUUACAUUAAGAGACGUUUCUUCACAUCCAGAAAACGCUCUGGGAAAUGGAAAGCUCCGUUUGCCCAGGAUUCUAGAACUCCCCCAACUCCUUUGGUUACUGUACAAGAAACACGCGAUGAAAUUUUGAAAAAAGCCUUCACCAAGCAGCUGGCUACGGAACAGAAAUGGGAUGCCAUUGUAAUAGGAUCAGGAAUCGGAGGAUUGUCAAGUGCAGCCAUCCUCAGCAAAGCUGGUUUGAAAGUCUUGGUUCUUGAGAAGCAUGGCAAGUGUGGUGGAGCUUGUCACAUCUUUAAGGCAGAAGGCUAUGAAUUUGAUGUGGGUAUUCACUACAUUGGAACCUUUUCUGGUCAGACCCUGAAUCACACUUUGUUGGAUCAAAUUAGUGAUGGUCAAAUCAAGUGGGCUCCACUUGACAGCAACUUUGAUCGUUUGAUCGUGGACGCGAUGUCUCCGACGCAACGAGAGUAUAACAUCCCCUCCGGUCGAGGUGUCUGGAAAAAACAAUUGAUAGAGCAAUUUCCCGAUGAACGAAAAGCUAUUGAAACUUUCUUCUCCAUGGUGGAUAGAAUAAGAAAACAAACCAAAGCAUGGAUUAUAGUUAAAAUCGUACCCAUUUGGCUCGUUAAUUUAAUAAGCAUUUUGGGAUUACCACGCUUUUUGAGCGAUUUCUUUGCCUUGGGCAGCCGUACAUUGAAAGAUGUUAUUGAGAGUUUAACCAAGAACAAGGAUCUGCAGCUAUUGUUCGCCUACAGUUGGGGCACCUAUGGCGAACCGCCUAAUCGUAGCAGCUUCGCCCUGCAGGCGAUUUUGCAUGAUCAUUACGAAAAUGGUGCAUAUUAUCCGAUUGGUGGAGCAUCGGAAAUACCGUACCGAAUUGUCCCGGUCAUCGAACGAAUGGGAGGGCGAGUACUCAUGAAAGCUCCCGUGUGUCAGAUUCUGACAGAAGGAGGCCGGGUGACUGGUGUUCGAGUAGGCAAGAAAGAGAACAAUGCAGUCGAUAUCUACGCUCCGAUCGUCAUAUCUGAUGCAGGUGUCCAUAACACUUUGCUGAAUCUUCUGCCGGAAAACGUUGCCAAAACAUCACCCAGCUGGCCGAUAACAAACACGAUGAAACCAGGAAUCGGCUGUUUGAGCGUCUUUAUUGGCCUUCGCGGUACAACUGAGGAAUUGGGACUUAAAGCCCAAAAUCUCUGGGUCUUUACCGACUCUAGUAUCGAAGAAGGAUUCAGUAAAAUAUUUGAUAAUCAAACCCUAGAAGAUGUACUCUACAAACCGUACCCAGCUUUUUUCAUUGGAUUCCCGUCUGCCAAAGACCCAUCGUGGGAGAGUCGAUAUCCAGGUCGCAGUACAAUCACAGUCGUAUCUUUUGCCCCGUAUUCUUGGUUUGCUCAAUGGUCUGAUUUGACGGUUAAGAAGCGAGGCGAUGAGUACAACGCUCUGAAAAACGCCAUCGGUCAGCAAAUCAUCGAUCAGAUAACUCACCUCUACCCCGAUCUUAAGGGUGCUAUUGAUUAUUUCAGUGUUGGAACUCCAAUUACCAACGAACAUUAUCUAAACGCCAAAGAAGGUGCCAUUUAUGGCCUGGAACAUUGUAUUGAACGCUUCUCUCCCAAACAGGCUUCAUUGUUGCGCCCAGAAACCGGCAUCGAAGGGUUGUUUCUUUGCGGCCAAGAUGUGAUGUGUUCCGGAUUCGUGCCUUCAAUGAUGAGCGGCCUUCUCUGUGCCAGCGCUGUCUUAAAGACCAAUCUUUUGAAUGACCUUGUUUUAUUGCACAAGAAAGUAAAGGCAGCUACGCGUGACAGCCAACGCAGCAAGGCAGAUUGAAAUCACGUUUUCACCUUCCGGUUGACUCGUUUUGAUUAAUCAUGGUCGACCGUGAAUUAACCCGCAAUUUCGAUUUCAACUCGUGGCCAUUAAAGUUGAAAAGAAUGCACCUUUUGUUUUAUUUCUAAUGCAGUCUUUUGUAAUUCUGCACCAUUUUGUGAGAAUAUAGUCCUUACCCUCAA